UCUCAUGCGCUGUCCACCGCGUUCAUUACCGACACAGCACCGGAUAACGGGAUAGAGGAAUUAACCAGAGUGACGCUAGUCUUUAUUGUGUGGUUUUGUUCGGGAGCCCUCUAAGUUAAGAGGGCGUUACGUUUGAAUUUCACUGUUGCGUUAUACUGAGCUAGGUUAUAGGCGUUAGCAAGAUAACGUUAAACGGCAGAUAAUACAGGGGGUGCAACUUCACGUGAAGUAGCAUAUCCAAUGGUCGACUGAGUUUUCCAAACGUGCCCCAGAUGUCCCCGGUCGUCUUGUCCAUCCUGCUCUUCUCAAAUAAAUACCGUCUCUUCCCCGGAAUAAAUCUAAAUCACCGUCUCGUCCUGUGAAGAGGGACUGCGCUUCCCGCUAGCUUUUCAGCAAAGACGACAUCAGUCUAGUAACGCUGGCGUGAACCCAGUACGUGUCGGGAGAGGGAUCAAAAUGUUGGCUGAGUCGAGGAAGCCUCCCGGAGUCAACGGACCCGUGUUGCCCGGGCUGUGACUGAGCUCUAACGGGCCGCUAUCUCACCGGACGGGAACGGAGUCUACGCAGCCCUGUCCUGAUGGUUCUGUCGGUGUGGAACAUGUGGCGCCUCCUGCUGGCGGGGUCGGUGUUCUUCCCCGGCCUCUUCCUCGUCUGCAAGCUCCUCCUCCUCAAGCUCCAGCGCUGGGCAGAGGGAGACGCCGUCAUGGUCUCCGCCAGAGUGGUCUCCUCCAUUCAGGCCAUAAUGGCCUCCUCAGCUGGCUACAUCAUCGCUUCCUCCUGCCAGGACAUCGUGGAGGAUCAGCAUUGGCUGACGAGCGCCUACAUCCUGUUUGCGGUGCCGUAUUUUGCGUACGACAUCUAUGCCAUGUUCCUGUGCCACUGGUACAAGACCCAGGUCAAAGGUCACGAGGCCACGCCCCUCAGCGCCGCUAUUGGCUACCUGCGCCGGGAGUUCCUCAUGGUGCUGCACCACGUCGUCAUGGUGCUCGUCUGCUUCCCCGUGUCUGUGUUCUGGCGGCAGGGGAAAGGGGACUACUUCCAGGGCGUGAUGUUCCUUGCUGAGAUGAGCACUCCGUCCGUCUGCCUCGGGAAGAUCCUCAUACAGUAUAAGCUGCAGCACACCCUCCUCCAUAAAGUCAAUGGAGUUCUCAUGUUGGUAACUUUCUUCAUCUGUCGAGUUGUUCUGUUCCCCUACCUCUACUACGCAUAUAGCAGGUAUGCCUCCAUCCCUCUGUACUUGGUGCCGCUGUGGGUUCCGUGGCAGUGCAAUGCCGGCGCUUUCCUGCUGAUGGCGCCGCAGGUCUACUGGUUCUGCCUCAUCUGCAGAGGAGCCUUCAGACUCUUCACCCGGGCCCAGCAGCACACACACACACACACACACACACACACACCAACACUCACGCCGCCCGCCAACGGAUACAAACCUCUCACACACUGAGUCCAGCACACACACACACACACACACACACACCAACAGACAUAAGCCACUACACACACACACACACACACCCUGAGCCCAAACACAGGAGUGACAAUUCGAGACUGCUGGGAUGAAGACAGAGAGAAAGAGGAACCAACACAGAGAGAAGAGAGCGAGAGAUGCAGAGAGGGAGAGAGAGAGAGAGAGAGGGAUGGAGAGAGAGGUGUGUGACCGCUCUGCAUGGUAUCCUCUUGGCCUCCUGGUGGUGGUGUGGGGAACUGCUCUCCUCCACUGAUCCCAUGCUCUGCAGGAACACACAGUUAGCGUGCCAGUUGGACCCAUUGGCCGUGUGUGUGUGUGUGUGUGUGUGUGUGUGUGUGUGUGUUUAAAUGUUCAUGUAGAGUUUGUUAUUAGUUUAUUUAUGUAUUUAUUUAUGGAGGGAUUACACAAACGUGAGGCAGGUAGUGACCAUGUAGCUGUGAUAAGCUGACCAGAACCGAACCGAACCCAAACGGAACACUGACCAGAACCAAACGGAACACUGAUCAGAACCAAACGGAACCCAAACUGAGCACUGACCAGAACCAAACGGAACCCAAACUGAGCACUGACCAGAACCAAACGGACCGGACCACGUGGCAUUAAGGGAACCUUGAUAACUGACAGCCAACUUCCGGCAAAGCAGCAGGGGCGGGGCUUAAUCGGAACUCUUGGGGCACCCGGGGUCAGAGGUCACCUGCUGCCCCCCCCCCCCCCCCCCUCUAGCUCCGGCCCGGCGGGACUGCGUCAGACACACGCCCUAAGAAAGGGGCGGAGCUAAACAGUGUUGAGACGUCUUCCAUGUUGUUUGUGUUUAGUGUAGCUGCUGUUGUUUAUUGUUUGUCUUAUUUAUUUAUUGUAGGUGCUGAAUGUAGGCCUGUGGAACCAGCACCGCCGCUAAUAAACUGCUGGCUCCUG